UAAUAAUUAUCUCGUAAUCUCGAGAAUUCCUGUAAUAGUCCUAUUAGGCUAUUGUAUCAAGCAACCCUGGUUGUAUUUAAGGGUAGAAAGUCUUACUAAACUUGACAAAGCCACUGAAAAACAGUCACCUCAACGUCUAUGUAGGCCGAUUAGCCUAUCUAUUACAGCUCACACCUGUAUAAUAAUUCCAUGAGCACAUAUUUCACAGGCUUUAUUUGUCCACCUGUAAAGAAUAAUAAAACUAAUUUGCCAGGAAAUCACAGUACUGAAUGAAUCUAAGCUCCACCCAAUUUCAUCGUGGCAUAAAACACAGGGGCACAGCUGUAGAGACCUUCCCGAGAAAGACCACCCUCAUCUCUGGAGAUUAUUCCCAACCUUAACACGGGCCACAACAGCAGAGCUUCAAUUUACCGUCGGCACUAUUUUAAAUAAUAUAUAAAGGUAGGUAGGAAUUGCCUAGGCUAUUUGCUAUAAAAUAGUUUAGACGUGCGGCCUCAUUUAAUAGAGAGAAUGAAAAGUGUAAAGGGCUCAAUAUAACGGUGUUGGUUCUUGACAUAGCUACAGUAGGCCUAUGAUACCAAAAGUUUUAGGGUAUUUUUUAAUGACGAGUUUAAAUAUAGGCUAACUAGUCUACUUGUUCUAUUAUUCCCCAACAGUCUUUUGUCCGUAAGUCUGAACUCUUUCACGACUCAAACGCAAUGCGUCCUCUGAAUGACAGUGACUUUGUGGAUGCGGAGGACGUGGCGAGAGACGAGAUUCUGGCCAAGGUAGAGAUCGCGCUGCUCAGUGUCAUCUUCGUCAGCGCCGCCAUCCUCAACACAGCCCUGCUGCUCGUCCUCUGGAGACAACGCAAACAAAUGUCCAGGAUGCGCGUCUUCGUCUUCCACCUGUGCUUGGCGGAUCUGGUGGUCGCUUUCUUCCAGGUGUGCCCGCAACUCAUAUGGGACAUCACAGACCGAUUCGUCGGACCAGACCUGGUGUGCCGCCUGGUGAAGUACCUGCAAGUUCUCGGCAUGUUUUCAUCGACUUACAUGAUCGUGGUGAUGACAGUUGACAGAUACCAGGCUGUCUGCAACCCGAUGGUGAAGUUCCAGCGGAGACGCACAAGACUGAACGUCCCCGUGUGCGUCGCCUGGGGGUUUUCUCUGCUGGGCAGCUUGCCACAGGUUUUUAUUUUCUCACAGGUCGAGGUCGCACCCGGUGUUUUUGACUGCUGGGCUAUAUUUAUCCAACCAUGGGGGCUGCAGACUUACAUAACCUGGACCACGCUGGUCAUUUUUGUUUUACCUGUUAUUACAGUUGUUGUUUGUCAAGUGCGCAUCUGCCGAGCCAUCCAGACGAACCUGUACCAAAAGCUUCAACAGCAGGGCAGCGUGGGUCUCCCACUGCCAUCCAGAGCCAGCGGUGUGGCCGGCAUGUCCAAGGCCAGGGUGAAGACGCUGAAGAUGACAGUGGUUAUCGUGCUGGGUUAUAUUGUCUGCUGGGCUCCCUUCUUCACUGUCCAGCUCUGGUCCGCCUGGGACACAAAUGCUCCGAAAGAAACUGCGACUUUCACUAUCCUGAUGUUGCUGGCCAGUCUGAACAGCUGCGUGAACCCCUGCAUUUACCUUCUUUUCAGCAGUCAGUUUCCCAAGAGGCUGGUGACAUUCCUGUGCCAGAGGCACAGAAACGGUAAGGAUUCAAUGCAUGACGAGGCGACGCUGGUCAGCACAUUGUACAUGAGCUUCAAAAAUGUUUCAGAGUCCAAAUGAGGGCAACGCGCUAUAAUCUGUAAACAGGGAAAGCCUGCAUGGGAAGAAAGCGCGCCAAGCUGGUGCGCCUCGCGAAGCUGCCUCUGAGCUCUAUCUGCAUUUGAACGAUUGUUUCUUCUGAACAGGGAUUAUGGAGAUAAGACAUACCUAUCUGAGCCUGACGGAAAAUAUCUCAUAGAAGCAUUCAUCAAAAGCAAACCUGAAAUGGGUGGCCAGGAGUGAGAACUGCGCUCCAGAUGUUGUUGGAUGUUGACGAUGGUGUUUUGUUGGGCUGUUGGGAUACUAAAUAAUCUGUAUGUGGUGGGGAUCAUGUUAUCACAUUGUUAUGACAGCUUUGAUGUGAUAGAAAAACAUUCCUUACAGUUAAUAGAAGCUGGAUUUAAACACUUUUGUCUUUUCAGAUAGAUUGAAUAAUUGAAGAUACUGCUGUUAAGCAUAAUAACCUAAGAAAUACAUUUAUGCUGUGGAUCGGAAAAAUGUUAUUUUGUGGAAUUUUUACCAAAAUACCAGUAAUUGUACUACAGCAGCCUAUGUGAAAUAAUACCACAGUCCUUUGAUUUGAGCUCAGAGACCUUAAGUGACAAGAUAUAUAGCAUACGCUGUAGCUUUAUUUUCCAAAGAGACACCUGUAUCACGAGUGAAACCAAGAACAACUGUGUUUUAAUGAAUAUACCAGAGAAGAAAUACAGUCACAUUGUUAAAAUCAUGAAAUAAAAUAUGUGCCUGCAUCCAAAAAAUCAAGUACUGCAUUCAAAUAUUGUGAAAUACAUUGUCACUUCUAUAAAUGUUCUCUGUGGUGAAUAACUGUUUUAAAAUCACACAUUGAGUGACUGUAUUCGUAAAGUGUUGUUCAGGCUUAACGAACUAUAGAAAGCAAGUGCAGAAUAAAGUCAUAUUCUCACAACUGCUUUGUUUAUUUUAUUUGUAUAUAAAUACAUAUUUGAAAAUCCACUAAUAACAAAGUUUAAUAUUCAAAGACACCUGAGGUAAAUCUUUAGGAUCAAAUUGUAGACACUGUGAAUGCAUUUUUCCAGUGACAUUACAUUUGACAGUAACAAAGACCUGGUGUGUGUCAUACAUGGCUUGUGCAUGAUCAGCUGGUCAACACAGCAACUCAGGAUGAAGGAUUUUCACACUGAAGGAGCAGCAUACCAAAGGCAGACACCGCCUGAAAGAUAUUACACAUGCACAGAGUACACAUGCUUGUAUGUGUGUCUCACACUCAUACAAGUCAGGAUAAAGAUGCUUUCAUCAAGGUAAAAUGAUUCCUGAUUAGGACUUUUGGUCGAACCUGAAAAUUUGUCACUGUCCAAAAUCUUUUUCAGCCCUCAUUUUGGACAAUUAGGAAACAAAUGCUGUAUCAACAGACCAGACUGACGACAGGCCAUUAGUGUCUGUUGCCUG